UGGUGGGGCGUGGAAUUAUCAUGCAGGCAUUGUACCAUCAUUUUACCAAUCUAUGAAGGUUUUGGGGUUGGAUGUGGAUGAUAUUUAUGCGCCAGUGAACUUCAGGAACGAGCAUUGGAUUGCUAUUUGGAUAUCGAUCCCUAAGAAGCACAUAGUCGUCUGGGACAGCAUUAUAUCACAUAUUAGAGCUGCAGAACUCGAUGAGUUCAUGGAGCCUUUCGUUACAAUGGUCCCUUAUCUGCUUGUUGGGUACGCUGGCUCUGACGAAGAACGUGUCCAACACACACUGGAGCCAUACACAUAUGAGAGAGUUGCCGUUGGAAUACCUCAGUGCCGAGCUGGUGAUUGUGGUGUGUUCGCUCUGAAAUACAUCGAAUGUCAUGCUCUUGGGAUGUCAUUUCCUCCAGAGUUUUAUACCAAGAACGAAAGGCUAUUAGGGAGAAGAUGGCGUUGGAUAUAUUUAAGGAGAUUCCUGAAGGCCAUUCAAAAGAGAAUGAAGACAAUGAUGAGAACCUGGGAACUUAUGACUAGCAAGGUUAAUGAUGUUUUAUUUGUACUUCAACUUGUGGGAUGAAAUGUGCUUUUGUAUGACAGAUUAGGAUUGUGUUGUUUUUGUAUGAAAAAUUAGGAUGAUGUUGUUUUUGUAACAGGCUGAGGAUAGGAUGUAGUUUUUUUGUAAACCUAUCAUCCUACCAAACUAUCAGUUCGUUGGAAAUUCGUUUGGUAGUGUUGAAACCUUUUGGAUGAUCUAAUCUAAUGGUGGAGUUGUUGUCUUUUUAAGUUGCAAUUUCACAAUUAAGUUCAUAACACAGAUAAAUUUAAGAACGUAAACCCAUAACAAAUAAGCAGAUAAAUUCUUAAUACAGAGAAGUUCAUAACACAAAGUCAUAACAGAUACGCAGAUAGAUAGUCUUCUGGACGACUAAUGAGAAGGUCUUCCAGGAUAUAAGUCUUCUGGACGACUAAUGAGAAGGUCUUCCAGGAGUUAAGUCUUCUGGACGACUAACGAGAAGGUCUUCCAGGAGUUAAAGUCUUCUGGACGACUAACUAGAAGGUCUUCCAGGAGUUAAGUCUUCUGGACGACAAACGAGAAGGUCGUCCACGUCAAUUCUUACAAUGUGGACGCGUAUGGCCAGCUUCUUUGCAGACCGAGCACCUACAAACCAUGUGUUGCUUCCGGGGUGUGCGUCCUCUCAUCCUCGAUAGCUCCAGCCAAGAUUGCCAUCUUGAUUUCUUCUGUCUCCCCAGACCAUGAUUUACUUCCGGAGGAAAGCAUGUGUGUGCCUCAACUUGUUGUCCAGCACAAGGAUAUAUAUUCUAUGAAUAUCCUACAAAACAAAUAUCUUUUGAGUAGACCGGGCAUACAAGUGUGGAGAAAUGCAAACCAGCAUAUGAUCCAGCUGCUAUAGCGACCCAGCAUACGUAGUGACCGUGCUCGAGCCAAGCUCGGUCGCUACGUAGCGACCGAGCGUCCGUCCCGCUCGGUCGCUACGUAGCGACCGAGCUCGAGCCAAGCUCGGUCGCUAUGUAGCGACCGAGCGUCCGUCUCGCUCGGUCGCUACAUAGUGACCGAGACCGAGCCAAGCUCGGUCGCUACGUAGUGACCGAGCCCGAGCCAAGCUCGGUCGCUACGUAGCGACCGAGC